CCGUAUUUCUUCAGCUCCUUCGACUUCUGGUCUUUAUACAAAAGUUUUCAUUACUUGUUCUUCACAAUCGUGCAAUCAACGUGGAAUCAAUACCAAAUAGUUCCGUCUUUAGAGGUACAUAUUUUUUGAUUUCAUUACCCCUUUCAAACUUCGUCAAAAGAUUCGUUGCUUUCAAGGGGAUAGAUUGCUUCCUGAUGUUCAUUAGCGUACACGAUUCGUCCAUUGAUGUUUUCCUCCAUUUUAUACCAAUUUUUUUCUAAAGUUUUUUGUUCGUCGAUAAACGUGGGAUUAAUUUCAGCUGAUUCCUCGUUUCGCCGAUUCAACGACCGACUUCAUCUCGUGGAUUUUUAAGCUGUUUUUCGUUGUUUGUUUAUUAAUCCCCACUUCCGUCAUUAGUAUUGUUGGAUUCACAAUCUGAAAUUAUCUAUUAUUACCCCCAAAUCUGAUAUUCAUCUGACAUCCGAAUCAAAGAAUUAGAAUCUACUAACAAGAUAAUCAAUCGACUCAAAUCUGCUUCACCAGCUCUGAUUAGAUAAUGAGAAAGUGGGAAUCACAAACUUUCACCCCAACAUUCAAAACUGAUUACUGUUAUAAUGCACAUUCAAACACCCCCAAAUUCUCAAUCUAGGAUGGAAUCCAAGCUGGAUUGUGAUACGGAUCAUGGUCAUGAUCAUGAUCCAAACGAAGCUUCCAUGGUCAAGAUAGAAGAGAAUGGAAGGCGUCCAGGGGUAUAUAUCUACAGACAAGAUGUUGUAAAGAGCAAAACUGAUGGAAAGACAGGUGUAGUGACAGAAGUUGCAGGUGAUUCUGAUUCAGAUAGCAGUAGUGAUGAUGAAGAUGAAGAUGAAGACAAUGAAGUGGUGGGCCCCAAAGAAGAUUUACGUGAAAACAUCACUGGAAAUAAUACUGAUAAUGAUGAUGAAGAAGAAGAAGAAGAAGGAGAAGAAGAAAACACCCCACUUCCAGCAGACCAUGUUAGGGUUCUAUGGAUGGAUGAGUCAGAGUCAACCCAUAGUCAAAAUGAUGUGAUAGUAAUCGACAGAGGUUUUUUACAUGGAGAUUAUGUUGCUUCUGCUUCUGAUCCAACUGGGCAAGUGGGUGUUGUUAUUGAUGUCAAUAUAUCCGUUGACUUGUCAACCAUUGAUGGGUGUGUCAUAAAUGAUGUCUCUUCAAAGAAUCUGAAACGUGUAAGGGAUUUUCAAGUGGGCGAUUAUGUAAUUUUUGGUCCAUGGUUGGGCAGAAUCGAUGAUGUUCUUGAUAAUGUAACAGUCAUGUUUGAUGAUGGAUCAGUUUGUAAAGUUAUGAAAGCUGAUCCUUUAAGGUUAAAACCUGUUGGCAAGAAUCUUCUAGAAGAUGCACAUUACCCAUAUUACCCUGGUCAAAGAGUCAAAGCAAGUUCUUCAUCUGUUUUCAAGAAUUCAAGAUGGGUAUCUGGGUUGUGGAAAGCUUCAAGAUUGGAAGGAACUGUAACAAAUGUGACAGCUGGAUCCGUUUUUGUUUAUUGGAUUGCAUCCGCGGGUUAUGGCCCGGAUUCUUCAAUUACACCUUCUGAAGAACAAAACCCUAAAAACUUAAAGUUAUUGGCAUGUUUUUCACAUGCAAAUUGGGAACUUGGUGAUUGGUGUCUUCUUCCAUCUCCAAAAGACUCUGUAAAAGGUAGAUUACAAGGUCAAGAGAAGUCCGAGAGUGAUUCCGAAGUGCAAGAAAACACUGGAAUCGGAAUCACCAAUUCCAAUCCUUCUACUGAAUCUAGUUCUUGUAGUGGUUCAUUGCCUGUUUCAAAAGGUUCGAGUUCUGGGACUCAUGAAUCUUGGCCUUUACAUAGGAAAAAGGUAAGAAAAGUUAUGGUGAAGAGGGAUAAAAGGUGUAAGAAAAAAGAGGAAAAUUACGAAAAAGCCCUUCAAAUUGUGAACACGAAAACACGAGUUGAUGUACUUUGGCAAGACGGGAGUACAAAACACGGAUUGGAUUCCACUUCUUUGAUUCCAAUUGAAAACCCUGGAGAUCAUGAAUUUGUUUCUGAACAAUAUGUUGUGGAAAAACCUAGUGAUGGGAAUGAUGCUGCUGAUGAUGAUCAUGAUGAUGAAGUUAGUCGUGUUGGAGUUGUGAAAAGUGUGAAUGCAAAAGAAAGAACUGCAUGUGUAAGGUGGUUGAAAUCGGUUGCAAGAGCAGAAGAUUUUAAGGAAUUUGAUAAAGAGGAAGUUGUGAGUGUGUAUGAGCUUGAAGGGCAUCAAGAUUAUGAUUAUUGUUAUGGGGAUGUGGUUGUGAGGUUACCAUCUGCUGACGUGGCAGGGUUGACCGAUGGGAAUGAGGUCAAAGGAGAUUUUUCGGAUCUUUCUUGGGUUGGAAACAUUACAGGGCUUAGAAAUGGUGAUAUUGAAGUUACUUGGGCUGAUGGGAUGGUUUCAAUGGUGGGCCCACAAGCAAUAUAUGUAGUAGGGCGUGAUGAUGAUGAUGACUCAGCUGGUGGUGGAAGUGAAGUAAGUGAUGAUGCAGCAAGUUGGGAAACAAUGGAGGGUGAAGAUAAUGAUAUGGAAAAUCUUCAAAAGGCACUAGAGGAUCUUGGGAUGCAAAAUGGGUCACAGGAUACAGAUGAGCAAACAGCUGAAAGCAUUCAGACAAAUGGUGCGCUUUCUAUACCCUUAGCUGCCCUUGGAUUCAUGACAAGGUUAGCAAGUGGAAUUUUUUCUAGGGGUCAAAGAAACAUUACAGAUAAUUCAGGGGGUGAUAAUGUAACAUUACAUAGGGAAGAUAAAAAUGAUGAUGUGUCUAGUUCACGAAAAUCCAGCUCUACUGAUAAUACCCUUGAAAGAUUGGCUUCUGGUAGUGAGGAGCAUGAACAUGAACAUGCUGAUGUGGAGGAAAAGUUUUUAUUAGAUUCGCCAGCUCAGCGAUUAAAUAUUGAUGAUUCUGGUAAAUCAAGUGAGGGGGGGAAUGGAAAUUCCAGCUUUAAAGGAUUUGAUAUUGUGAAAGAUCCUCUUGAUCAUUAUUAUCUUGGUGUCAAUGGACAGAAUAUCACCGGAAGAAAAUGGCUGAAGAAAGUCCAACAAGAUUGGAAUAUCCUUCAAAACAACUUACCAAAUGGAAUUUAUGUCAGAUGUUAUGAAAAUAGAAUGGAUUUAUUGAGAGCUGUAGUAGUUGGAGCAUAUGGAACACCUUAUCAAGAUGGCCUUUUCUUUUUUGACUUUCAUCUCCCCCCUGAAUACCCCGAUGUUCCUCCGUCAGCAUAUUAUCAUUCGGGAGGAUGGAGAAUAAACCCUAAUUUAUACGAGGAAGGAAAAGUUUGUCUUAGCCUGUUAAAUACAUGGAGUGGAAAAGGGAAUGAAGUUUGGGAUCCAAAAUCUUCCAGCAUUCUUCAAGUUCUGGUUUCACUACAAGGCCUUGUGCUUAAUUCCAAACCCUAUUUUAAUGAAGCUGGAUAUGAUAAACAAGUUGGGACUCCAGAAGGAGAGAAGAAUUCUUUGUCAUAUAAUGAGAAUACCUUCUUAUUGAACUGCAAAACAAUCAUGUAUCUCAUCAGAAGACCCCCAAAGGAUUUUGAAGAUCUUGUGAGGGAGCAUUUUAGAGAGCGUGGGUAUUAUAUUCUCAAGGCAUGUGAUGCGUACAUGAAAGGCUAUUUAAUUGGCUCUCUUUCUGAAGAUGCCUCUGUAUGUGAAACCAGUAUUCCGGAUGCUAAUUCUGUUGGGUUCAAGCUCAUGUUAGCAAAAAUUGUGCCAAAGCUUUUGUUAGCCCUCAAUCAAAUCGGAGCUAAUUGUCAAGAGUUCAUUCAUUUACAAGACUCGUAAUGUCUCUUUUUUUUUUACCCUAAAAAAGUGGGAUCCGAUUAAAUGCAAUGUAUUUGGAAAGGAAUAUUGUACAUUUAGGGGGGUUUUAUGGCAAAAUUUGAAAAAUCGGAUAUCCUGAUUUCUCAAGCUAACUAACCACAAUUGGGGUGUGUUUUUGGGAUUUGAUUUGUUGGAUAAGCUAUCGAGAGGAUUUGGUGGCUAUUUUUUGUUUGUUUUAUACUUUUGUUGGUGGAAGUGCAACCAUAUUUGAUUCAAGAUGAGUGGAAAAGUUAUUUGAAAACAUGUUAUAUGCAACUUUGAAACAUUUUUGA